CUCUGUCAGUCUGAGUCAUGCUCCUUUUUCCCACUAUUCUCCAGCAAUGGCGAAUGCACACAGAGCGUGAACGGGUAUUAUUUCGGCAAAGAAAGUAGUGCCAUUUAUCUCUUCGAACUCAAAAUCGUUCAGGGAACCUGAGUUUCAGAGAGAGAGCGAGAAGCGGAAUGGCUCCACGCGGAAGACCGAGACAGCGCCAGGGUCUUACGCGAAUGGACGCGGCAGUGGAUGCAAUGCGAAAGUACGGGUUUAGUGAAAAGUCUGUCCGCGAGGAAAUGAAUAACCUUCUGAAACCUCAGAUUUAUGGUGAGGAUGGAUGGGCUUUCAUUGAAGAGGAUUCUUAUAGGGUUCUGCUUGAUAAACUACUUGAGAAAUCUGUGGAGGAAGAGCAGCAGUGCAAGGAUGCUCAUUUGGAAUCUGGUGGUGGAGAUGAAAAUAACGUCAUGGCAUUAGAAGCUGGCUCCUCUUCUCAAAUUAUAGCAUGCUCAAAUGUCGAGGCAUUGCAAAAUGCGCCAGUGUCACCUAUAGAUGAGACCCUGGACUGUGUAUUCCAGAAUAAUAUGUCCCCUUCAAAUAACGCCAUGGCAUUAGAUGCUGGGCCUUCUGAAUUUCUAUCAGGCUCAAAUGUGGAGGCUUGGCUAACUGUACCAUCACCAUCGACUGAUGAGCCCCUUGACUCUGUAUUUGAGAAUGAUAUGUCUCUGGUUAGCACAUUGAUGACUAGAAUAUCAGAUGACGGUCGCUCUUUGCCAACAAAUGAUGCGGAAGUAAACAUGUCUGAAGACAUGGAUGUGGAUCUUGGUGAUAUGCAAGCGAUUGAUGUUAUCAGGGGUGGAACAAAUGUAGAUGACGGUGGUGUUGGGAAGGAUGGCCACAUUCUAAGCUCUCGUAUCCAUUCCAGACGAUCUGUUGCUUCUUUUCGACCUGGUAGGAGACGCAGACCAUGCUACGGCUGGAUUAGCAGUGAUGAGGAUGAAGAUGAAGUGAACAUUGUGCGUCUAGAACCCGAGCCACUACCAGAAGAUGUAGAAAGUUUAUUCAUUGAGGCAAAUGCAAAGUACGGGCGCAAGAGAAGGUGGGAUGUUAGACCUGAGAAUGUGUAAAACUUAAAAGAUCUCUCAAUGUCUCUUUCAUAUAUGUACAUUCCCAAACUGAGAAUUCUCUCUUGUUCUCCUUUUAUACUGCGCGCGGAGUAAGAAAA